CGCUUCUUUCAUACUCAAGGCUAACUUUUACCGUACAAGUGUAUUUCUACAUUUUCGACGUCGAGGACUGAAAGCUUUCGUAACAUGACUUAAAAAAAGUUUGCAGAUUUCUUUUCAACCUGCGGUUUGCAUCACAGAUUUAAUUUAUUGGUGGGUCUCGUUCAACGUAAAUCAAUAAAUUGUCAGUGAACUAAUACAUGACUCACGCUGCUGGCAAUAACAUGGUAUAUCGUGAGACAUUGUCGUUAAAUACAACCGUAAAAAAACUACCCUGUACGUCUACACUGCUAACACAACCGUCAGUACGCCAGACGCCACACAAACAAGACGGUCUGUCAAAGUUUAUGCGUUGCUACAGCAACCAGGGCUCCGCGUGCCGACCUGGUCACGUGAUGACAACUUCCUGUUCAGUCCUUGACAGGUGCCAACGCGAAAUGGUUUGACUUUUCAUGAAUGAAGUCGUGAGAGAAGAGCAGUGAUAACAAAUUUGCGAUUACCAGCUGGGUUUGUUUCGUGAUCAAAAUGUGUGGAGGCGGCGACAACAAAGUAGAAGAUGCCGGCAAAGUAGAAGAUGCCGGCGGAGAGAAGGCGAAGUACGGGGAAGCAAAGAAAUUUGACCCUAACUUUAAAGGACCGAUAAAGCAACGAUCGUGCACUGAUGUCAUCUGCUGCCUGCUCUUCUUCAUCUGUGUUUUAGCCAUGGUUGCAUGUUCUGUGUUAGGAUAUGUUCGUGGGAACCCCAUCAAGCUGAUCUACCCCACCGACAGCGACGGCAACCUGUGUGGCUCGGGGGACUAUGCAUCCAAGCCCAACUUGAUGUAUUUUGACCUGCUGGAGUGUGCUAAAAUGGGAGUUGGUGUCAUAACGUUUGGGUGCCCCACGCCUCAGGUGUGUGUGACCAACUGUACCAGCACCUACUACGUGUACCUGGAAACGCAGGCCUUGGAGACGGUGGCAGGAGGCAUGCUGACCGCCGAGAGGAGCAAGAUGUUGUGUAAAAACAGCGUAGAUCCCACCGCCACUUCGAAUCUGCAGACUCUGAUUGACAACCAGGACUGUGCCCCCUACUACGUGGAGAACACUGCAGUGAUUGGUCGGUGCAUACCCUCCAUAUUUGGACAGAUCACAGAUCUGGCCUCUGACCUCUCGACCUCUGGAGGUUAUGUCCUUCAAUCCUCUGAUGGUACCAAUGUCACUGGGAAUGCCCUGGACAACGCAAGCUACUUCCUUGCCCUGUUCUUCCAGUUCAAGGAGUACGGGGAGCUCAUCUACAAGGACGUGGUGGCCUCGUGGUGGAUGCUGUUGGUGGGCCUGGGCAUGGCUAUGCUGGUUGCUAUGAUCUGGAUCGUGCUGCUGCGAUGGCUGGCUGGCAUCAUGGUGUGGGUCACUAUCUUCGCACUCCUCGGACUCCUGGGUUUCUCAACCUACUACAGCUACUCGAAGUACUACGAGUUGAAGUUUUCCAACACGACGGCUACCUACGGCUUCGCACCAUCCUUUGCUUCCAAUUUCAACUACUUUCUGUCCCUACAGAAAACAUGGCUUGCUUUUGGCUGCAUCUCGGCAACAAUCACCACCAUCUACCUGCUCCUCAUCCUCUGUCUGUGCACCAGGAUCCGUCUCGCCAUCCAGCUCAUCAAGGAGGCCAGCAAGGCCAUCGGCAGCAUGUUCUCCACCCUGUUCUGGCCCAUCAUUCCCUGGAUCCUGGAGAUCGCCUUCAUCGGCUACUGGGCCGUCAGUGCAGUCUUUGUUGCCUCCAUGGGCGCUGCCAACUACUACAGCAACUCCACCAACACCUCCACAGAUGGCGUCAACUACUACCUACAGAGAAUACCCUGCACCCCAAGUAGCUCUGCUGCAGGAUCAGUGUGUGAGUUCGUCAAGUACGGGGGAGACGAGUACACGAUCGUCAUGCAGGUGUACCUAUUGUUCAUGUUCCUGUGGGUUCUCAACUUCAUCAUCGCCCUGGGGCAGAUGGUUCUUGCUGGUGCAUUCGCCUCCUACUACUGGGCUUACACCAAGCCUGAUGACAUACCUGCCUUCCCCGUCAUCGGCUCGUUAGGACGCACUCUCAGAUACCACAUUGGGUCUCUAGCCUUUGGGUCACUUAUCAUUGCAAUCAUCCAGUUCAUUAGGAUUGGCCUGGAAUAUCUCGACUCCAAACUCAAGGGAUCUGAGAAUGCAGUUGCCCGGUUCUUCCUACGUUGUCUCAAGUGUUGUUUCUGGUGUCUUGAAAAGUUCAUGAAGUUUCUCAACAAGAAUGCGUACAUCUUGGUUGCAGUGUACGGCAAAAACUUUUGUGUAUCAGCCAAGGAUGCAUUCUUCCUCAUCAUGAGAAAUAUUGUCAGGACAGUUGUUGUUGACAAGAUGACAGAUUUUGUGCUGUUUCUCAGCAAGCUGGUGGUCACAGCUGCGGUCUGUGCAGGGGCGUUCUUCUGGUUCCAGGGCAAGGUGCCGUUCUUCACCAACUACGUUCCUACACUCAACUACUACCUAACUCCAGUCAUUAUCCUGACCGUGGCAGCUUACCUGGUUGCCUGCUGCUUCUUCAGCGUCUACAGCAUGGCCGUCACCACCAUCUACCUCUCCUUCUUGGAGGACCUGGAGAAACAUGAUGGCAGCGCCGAGAAGCCAUACUACAUGAGCAAGGAGCUGAUGAAACUACUUGGCAAGCGGAACAAGUUCCUUGAACCAGAAAAGAAGGGGUGUUGCUAAGUCAUGCAUGGAUGUUGGUGCUAAGCCAUACAAUCAGCAGUCUAGACCAUGUGAUAUCUGAGGUUUUGUUGCAUGAUACAGUUCCCAAAUGCUAAAAUCUCAUUAUUUUGUAAUUUAUGAUGGGGAUUUUGAUAAGAUAAUGUGUAAAUAAUUCAUGAAGAAAUGUAUGAUUUGAGAGAGAUAUUCUACAUUGGUGGGGUGUGGAGCGAUUGCCACUUUCAGUAUUAUAUAAUUACAUUAACAUUUCAACUGCAUUCCUACUUAUGAAUACAAUAAAAACAUGAUUGUCAUG